GCGCUUGGAGAUUGCCGGCGAGCAUGUCAGGGUUCAGUUCAUCUCCAAUUGAUCAACUCUUCCACGUACUCAACCUCAGACGACGGCGGCGACACCCCGUAGCAGACACAAGAUGAACCUGAGCACCCACGAUACAAGAUCGGAGGGUUCCAACGAGAACCUCCAGACACUCCUCGACGAUGUGGUGGUUGCACUUACUAUUGCCAAGGACGCGACCGCGGCGUUUCCGCCGCUUCAGUCCGCCGUUGGGGGAGUGACUGGCAUCAUAGAUGUCGUGAAGAAAAUGGGGGCAAAUAUUGAACAGAUCAAGCUUCUCGAGCAGCAGCUGAAGGAGACGACGAAAGAGAUCCGCAAGCUGGCGUCUCGAACCAGGCUCUCGCGCUUCUUCAGAUCGGAUUCACACGCUGGGACUAUAGACGAACAUAUCACAAAAAUAUCUCGAGCGAUUGAGGUGUUUCUGAUUGGGGGGAUGAUGAAUGUUGAAGUUGGUGUCAACGAACUGUUAAAGCGCUUCGACAAGGUCGACAUGCGGCUCGACGAGAGCCAAGCUUUCAAUGGCCCUACCCCGCUCUAUGCCGUUGCCGCCCGUUUCGACUACCCUAGCCAACGCGUCACUUGCGAAGAUGGAACGCGAUCAGAGACUUUGAAUACCAUCUACCAGUGGCUCCUUCCGCAUCAGGCUGAACUACGAAUACCCGAGAUCGUUCUGCAGCUGCCGAGGCUAGAUGCACUGGCGUUCUGGCUUAGUGGCGUGGCCGGCACCGGCAAGUCAACCAUCUCGCAGAGCGUGGCCCAAUGGUGCUCGGAGCGCGGGUACCUCGGCGCGAGCUUCUUCUGUUCUAGGGACAGCCGAGAAUGCAGUGAUGUCCAGAUGAUAUUCCCCACAAUUGCCUACCAGCUUGGUCAGUGGGACCGCAGGUUCCGGGAGAAGACCGCGGAGGUCUUGAGGCAGGACCCCGACAUCCAGACGUCCCUUGUUUCCCGCCAGCUCAAACGUCUAAUCGUUGACCCCCUGCAAGAACUGCCAAACUUUCCACCUUGCGCAGUCGUCAUCGAUGCGUUAGACGAAUGCAAGGACGAUGAGACGACGUCUCUAAUUGUCCGUGCUCUCUCCCAGCACGUCUCUGAUCUGGCCCCCCUGAAGAUUUUUCUCACGAGCCGUCCCAUUCCAAACAUCACUUACGGCUUCCAAUCGACCGGCCUGCUGAACGCGACGCAGCACAUCAUCCUCCACGAAGUACCGCCGGCCACCACAGAGCGUGACAUCGGCAUCUUCCUGCAGGAGAAGAUGGCUAGUGUUCGGCAGAGAUAUAACCUGGGCAGGUCAUGGCCGUCGGCGGACCAGAUGUCACAGCUAGUUGCGCGUACGCACAGGUUGUUCAUAUAUGCUGCUACCGCUGUACGCUACAUCGAGGAUGUCAAUGCCUGUGACCCGAAGGGUCGUCUCCGAUCACUGCUUGAGGGUCAAGGGGCGACGGCGAACGAGCGAACAGCUUUCGAUCAGUUGGACGAGCUGUAUCUCCAAGUUUUGAAGAGCGCACAUCCGAAUGUCACUCGAGAGCUCAAAUUGAGAUUGAAGAGUGUGCUGGGCACCCUCGUCCUUAUCCGUGACCGCCUUUCGCCGAAUGCCAUCGACACGCUUAUGUUCCUCGAACCUGGAACGGUUCGAACCACGCUCACGUAUCUCUACUCAGUUGUUAUGGUUCCGGACGAAGAUGAUGCCAUGAUCAGCCUCAUCCACCCUUCGUUCCAGGACUUCCUCACCAACGCGAAUCGAUGUCGUGACCCCGAUUUAUUGGUCGAUCCAGCAAAUCAGCAUGGACUUAUUGCCCGGCGCUGCCUCGAGACCAUGAUUGGCGGGCUGCAGAUGGACAUCUGCAAUAUCGGACAGAGCGUGCCGAACUCGGAGGUGCCCCGGCUUCCGGACCUCAUAGCGACACACAUUUCCCCAUCCCUACAGUAUGCCAGUCUUCACUGGGCACACCAUGUCUCUAGUGGGGAAAUCGACAACGAGCUCUCUUCCCUGGUCGUCGAGUUCAGCGAGAACUACUUGCUGAACUGGCUGGAAGUUCUGAGCCUACUUGGAGAACUAGGCGAAGCCGUCUCGGCAAUGCAAAAACUCCGUGAGAGAUUGCUGGAGUUACCUGACCCACAUUCUGACACCAUUACACUAUUAUACGAUUGCCAACGAGCCGUACAGCAGUCAUUCCUCGGCCUCAGUAUGUCUUGUCUCCAAGCAUAUUUCGGACUCAUCCCUUUCUGUCCCGCUUCCAGUAAACUCAGCAAGUGCUACGCUGGGCAAGCAAUCAAUGUACCGAGGGUGAUCAGCGGACUGCAACAUCGUUGGCAUGCCUGCAUCCUCAGCAUGGAAGGCCAUCCGCAACGGGUAUUAGGUGUUUGUUUUUCACCUGAUGGCCGGCGCGUCGUCUCCGCAUCCCAAGACGGGACGGUUAGGCUAUGGAACGCUGUUACAGGCUCUCACCUGCACACGUUGGCGGGACACUUGGAAGCGGUUGUAUGCGUGGCAUUUUCGCCCAACGGCAAGUACAUCGCUUCAGGUUCUACGGAUCGGACCGUCAUCAUCUGGGACGCUGUUACCGGCGGACAUCUCCACACGCUGAAGGGUCACGACAAUUGGGUCAGGACUAUAGACAUAUCCCCGGAUAGUGGAGUUCUCGCCUCAGGUUCAAACGACCACUCAGUUCAGCUUUGGAACCUCGGCAAUGAAAUCGGCUCGUUUAGAACCCUAUCCCCGGCACAUGUUUCCGCAAUUACCGGUGUUAGAUUUUCUCGCUCCGGAAAGCUGCUAGUUUCUGGCAGCGUGGACGGUGCAUGCAAAGUCUGGAAAUCGGGUGCUUGGACCUGCCGCACACAGUUCAACCAUCCCGAACGCAUUCCCAUAAUAUCCGUCGCCAUUUCACCCGACGACACCAUCUAUGCCGCGGGACUCGGAAACGAGACUACGACCAUUCUGUUGCGUUCUACUAUCGACGAUGCUUGGUCACAUACUCUCCAAGGCCACACAUCCAGGGUGUGGUCUCUCGACUUCUCUCCAGAUGGCUCCACACUGGCUUCCGGCUCGCACGAUCACACCAUCACCCUGUGGGAUGUGGCAAGACGAUCCGUCCUUCACACAUUGAGAGGGCAUUCCGACCCGGUGUACAGCGUCAGAUACUCUCCUGAUGGCCAGCGGAUGGCCAGCUGUGGCAAGGAGCACAGCGUCCGCAUCUGGGACCUAUCUUAUCUCUUGACCGAGGGAGAACAGAAGCCAACAGGCGAGAUGGAGAAUUUAACAGAGGACGGCGGACCGAGCAAGUACAAGAGUGCUGCUGUUGACCCUCAUCAUUCCUCCGUUGUACGUUCGGCAACGUUUUCACCUAGCGGGCGCAUUCUCGCCACCGGCUCUCGAGACAGUACGAUCCGCCUAUGGGACACCACCAACGGCGCUCUGCUGCGAAUACUCGAAGGUCAUCAAGGCGUUGUCUCGUACCUGACAUUCUCUCCCGACGGAGAGAAGCUGCUCUCUUCGGAGGCUAUGGCCGACUUCGAUGGACCUGCCACUCCUCGCGUGUGGGACGUGAAGAGUGGUCGUUGCGAGCAUACACUCACCGGGCAUCAUAGCAUCAUACGGAUGGCGAAAUUCUUUCCAGGCGGAGAGCAUGUUGUCUCGUGCUCAUUUGAUGGUAGCGUUCGCACUUGGGAAAUUGGCCAGUCGAGCGCACGCAGCCUAGAAUCACGCAUCGUUUACCAGCAGCGAAGCCUUAUCCUCUCCGUUGCUGUCUCUGCCGAUGACAGCCUGAUUGCGUUUGGCGGUUCCGGAGAUGCGCAUGACCAUAUACUUGGGCUAGUCAGACUGACUACGCCACAGCCAACCCACUCCAAGUUGGUGCCUUACGACAAUGCGUACGGCGCCCCCACGGCCCUCUCGUUCUCCAAGGACGGCAGCCGUCUCCUGGUCGCCUCCAGUAAAGCGCCAAGCAUCACACUCUGGGACGUUCAGGCAGGCUCGACGCUCACCGAAAUCGCACCCCAAGCAAACUUCUUGCGUUAUUAUUAUAGCGAGGACGUUGCAGAGAGCAUCACAUUUUCGCCUACCGAAAAAUUCUUCGUAACCGAUGCUGGCUUUGGCGCCAUCUCAAUUCAGCAUCAGUCGCGCUCAGCCUCGCAGGACGACCGUCACGACCGCACAGAGUAUGCAUUCUUCCUCGCCGACAGCUGGCUUUGGUACGCGUCUGCUACUGAGAAACGAAGGCUAUGUUGGGUACCAUCCUCCUACCGACUUAUACGUUCGCACAUAAUGACUUAUCGGGGAAGCAUCGCGGUACAUGGUGAUAUGGUAGCUUUUGGCACAGAGAGCGGUCGGGUCGCCAUCCUCGACAUGUCUUCUUGCCUGCCUCAGACGCGCUGAAUCUUGAGACAGUGGGGUGUAAUACAUUUGGUUGUGUGCAUGCUCCUCUACGUUGACUCUGAAUCUGUGGCUCGUCACGUUUGGUGGUACACUUAGGGAUGUAGCAUGGCAUUGAAGUGCUUCCAAUAAUUCACAUCGUGUCAAGUUAUA